AUGUUUCUUCCUCGUAAGCUUCUCCAAUGGCGGCGCCCCGCUCAGGAUGCCCAGGCCCUAGCAGGCCGCCUCCUGCGCUCCUCCUCAUCCCUCUCCGACCCCGAUGACGACCCUCCGUUCACGUGGAUCCCUAAGCACCCUUCUCGGGCGCCAUCGACGCCGCCGCCGCCGCCGAAGCCCAAGGCUCUGGCGGGCAAGAUCAGGCCCGACGAGCCAGCGCACUCCGACCUUCCGUUCGACUUCCGGUACUCGUACUCGGAGACGGACCCAGCGUGGAGGCCUAUCGGGUUCCGCGAGCCCACCCGAUUCUUGCCCUUCGGACCCGGCCGCCUCGACCGCCCAUGGGACGGCGCAGCCGCAGCACGCGUCGGCGAGGAUGCCAGUGGCGACGAGAGGAGCCGGGAGGAGGUUCUCGGUGAACCUCUGUCGGAGGAGGAGGUGGCGGCGCUUGUGGAGAGGUUCCGGCACAGUGAUUGCUCACGGCAGAUCAAUCUGGGGAAAGGUGGGGUAACACACAAUAUGCUUGAUGACAUUCACAACCAUUGGAAACGUGCAGAAGCUGUGAGGAUCAAAUGCCUAGGAGUGCCAACACUCGACAUGGACAACAUUUGCUUCCAUCUUGAGGAUAAAACAGGUGGCAAAGUCAUAUACCGCAGCAUAAACAUCAUCAUCCUGUAUCAUGGUCGGAACUAUGACCCAAAAAGAAGGCCUGAUAUACCAUUAAUGUUGUGGAAACCAUUAGCUCCUAUCUAUCCUAAGCUUGUGCAAAAUGUUGCUGAAGGGUUGACUUUCGAGGAAACAAAAGAAUUGAGGAACAGAGGAUUAAAUUCUCCACCACUUAAAAAACUGACUAGGAAUGGUGUCUAUGUUAAUGUUGUUGAUAAAGUGAGAGAAGCAUUUAAGACUGUGGAAGUUGUCCGGCUAGAUUGCACUCAUGUUGGGACUAGUGACUGCAAGAAAAUUGGUGUGAAGCUGAGGGAUUUGGUUCCAUGUAUUCCCAUAUUGUUUAAAGAUGAACAAAUCAUACUAUGGAGAGGGAAGGAGAGGGGAGGUUCAUCAAGAGCAUUCUGUUUCAGCACAGUGCAGUUCCAGACCACAAUGAUGCAUGCAUCUGCUGUAUAUCCAGAGGGUUAUGCGAUCACUGAAAAUCACAUGCUAUAUAAUCAACUGCAGUGA